AGCACAGUCAGAUACAUGUAUUUAUUAAUAGAAUGAGAACAAAAACUUACUGUGUUACACUGUACAAAUAAGAGUGUCUAAUACAUUUGUAUCAACCCGUUGGCUUGUUUAUAUUUAUUUUGGAUUUGGAUUUAAACUAAUAAAAGAAAUGAAGUGUUCCAACGAUGAAGAAUUAUUGGUUUGAAAUUGGUGUUGGAUAUUAUUAACAAAACGUAUAGUUUUUACAACAUUGCCCCACCAUGAGUAUCAGGGAUUCCGUUUGUGUGGUAGGCGGUGUUUUACUUGGAUUUGGAAUUUCUUAUAGAAUGCUGAGACUACAAUCAGUCCAUUUGAAACAAUUACAAGAACUUCAGGCUAAUGUAAAACAGUUGGAAAAUAAACAAUAUCAACACGCAGAUCGAACUAAAAUAAUAGAGACUACAAUGGAAGAACAUAAACAUUACGAGAAGACAAUUACAAAACAGUUACAAAAUAAAUUAGAAGAAAUACAAACACAUCAAACUGAACUUGGCAAAGCAGAGACAGAUGACAAAAAAGCAUUAGAAAGAAAAUUCGAAGAAAUCCAGAAUUCCUUGAAAAGAGAAGAAGCAAAAUUAGUUGAAAGAUCGAGAGAAUUGAACCACCAAAGAAAUACCAGUUUAAAACCUAUUGAAACCCAGCUGAAGUUACUAGAAGAGAAAUGCGACAGUCUAGAACAAAUGAAAGACGAAGUUUAUACGAUUUCAGUGAAGAUUGACAGGCUAACAGAAGAAAUUGAACAAAUAAACAAAAGGAUGGAAUCAAGUUCUCAUGAAGAAAGUCAAGUUGAAGUUAAAGAAGAAUCGAUUUGCAAAGGUUUACGAGGCAACUACCAGACCAGUAACCAAUCUAGUAUUUCGAGUCAACAUGAUCUAGAAGAAGACAGACCUAUAGGUCAACAUGAUGUGGAGGAAGACAGAUCUAUAGAUAUCUUUCGCUUUGACAUUUUGAUACUUCACGCAAAUAAAGAUCAGAGAGAAGCCAAUGAGUGUAAAAGAUUCCUAAUGCAUAAUUUUCCUGAUAUCUGUAAUCUUCAAGUUGCACUACCAGAAGAUUUGUUAGCACCUGGAACUCAACUUCUGCCUGGACUAAGCACUCUCUUAGACUCAUGUAGACUAGUUUUCAUCUAUGUAACUGAAAAUCUCGAAUCAGAUCCAGUUGCAGGUUAUGGGAAACAAGUAAAUUUCAUUCAGUCGUUGAAAGAUCCACUGAAAGAAGACAGAAUAAUCCCAUUACAAUUGAAUGAAGAAAACAUAUCAGUAGAUUUAUGUACAGUUCAACCUUUAGAAUAUGUUAAAGACACAACUGAUCGUCAGUUUCCCGAUUUCAAAUUGCAGUUUGAAAAUUUAGUUAAAUUUUGGAAGACUAAAUUGCCAUGAGAUCUAGGGAGCUGAAAAUGUAUAAAUAAAAAAAAAAAAAAAAAUAACGAGCAAAAAUGGAAAUAAAAUAAAACAAUCUAUAAAUUGCGUUCUUAUUUCUAUUAGACAAUUGGAAAAUACAACGGAAGCCUUAACAUGAUUGGACACAAAACACCCCCAAAAUGUAUUUAAAAGACAAACAAAAGUUAUAAAUUAUAAUUUGUUAAAAUUUGAGCAACAUUUGUGUUUCAACCUGAUUUUUG